ACGGGCAGCUCCGGGGAUCUCUGGGCUCCUACUCGGGGCGACCCAGGCUUUGGAAGGGACUUUGAGUGCAACCCCGUGGCCUGCGGCUAGACGACCGAGAGGACUACUCGGCAGGGGCAGGAGCAUCUUUGGGACCCUGGUCACUUUCAUCUGGGGGAGGGACUUCCUGUGUGCAGCCCUGGGCCUGUGGUUAGACAGCAGAAAGGACUUCCCUGGUGGAGGCGGGGCAGGAGCACGCUUGGGAGCCUGGUCCUCCAGAAAGCGUCCGAAGGUCAGGAUGGCAUUCUCCAGCCUCUUCAGCCGUUUGAACUCUUCCCUUGGCCGGGCUCUAGGCCUGGCCCUGGAGAUGCAGCGGAACCUGCAGCGCCCCAUGGCCACGCUCAACCAGAUGCACCGGCAGGGCCGCCCCAAGUGGCCCCUGGCCGGCCCCGGCCCCAUGAACGGCUGCCCCCAGCUCAAGGCCGUGGUGCUGAAGACCAUGAUCCGCAAGCCCAAGAAGCCCAACUCGGCCAAUCGCAAGUGCUGCCGCGUGCGCCUGAGCACGGGCCGCGAGGCCGUCUGCUUCAUCCCGGGCGAGGGCCACGGCCUGCAGGAGCACCAUGUGGUGCUGGUGCAGGGGGGCCGCACGCAGGACCUGCCCGGCAUCAAGCUCAAGGUGGUGCGGGGCAAGCACGACUGCGGCCACGUGCAGAAGAAGAAGCGGUAGGGGCCGGGGGCAAAUAACACCAUUGUACGACCCUC